AAAUUUGUAUUUAAGCAUGCGAUCUAUCAUUGCAAAGUAAACUUUAUUCUCAACUAGAACAACAAAAUGAUUAAAUUUUUAUUAAGUAGUUUUAUAUGUGUAAACUUAGUAUCUUCGGCAAAAAUUUUGGGAUACUUCCCAAUUCCUUCAAUUAGCCAUCAAUGUGUUUUUCAACCGAUAUGGAAAGAAUUGUCUUUAAGGGGUCACGAAGUGACAGUUAUAACUCCCGACCCCUUAAAAGAUCCAAACCUAGUGAAUUUAACCGAAAUAGAUGUAAGUUUUACUUAUAAGGACAUCAAAGAAUAUGUUCAAACGAAUAUAUUACAUAAAUCUACAAUUGAUUCCCUAACUGGGCUUUAUGAUAUGAUGAGGAAUAUUGAAGAGGAUAUUCUGAAGCACGAGAAAGUUCAACAGUUACUUAAUGACGAUGAUAAACAUUUUGAUUUAGUUAUUAUGGAGCUUUUUACGACCAUUGGUUUUGGGUUUGGGUCAAAAUAUAAAGCACCUGUCGUAGGAGUAACAUCUUUAAAUGGUUACAUACAGAUCCAUGAGUCUUUAGGUAACCCUAUUCAUCCAGCUUUAUAUGCGGAAUGUUUUUCAACUCUUGGAGGAGAUAUGACUUUCUUUGAACGCCUUCAAAAUACAGCAUUUUUCGUUUGGUUCAAAAUAUACCAUCAUUAUUACAAUAAUCCAAGGCAUGAUGCUAUAGCAAGGAAGUACUUUGGAGAAGACAUGCCUUAUAUAGGCGAUUUGGAAAAAAAUAUUUCUUUUGCUUUGAUAAAUACUAACGCUGUUAUGGAUUAUGUUAAGGCUAAUGUUCCCGCUGUUAUUGAAAUUGGACAAAUGCAUAUUAAGCCACCAAAGCCCCUACCCAAAGAUAUUGGGGAUUAUUUAGACAAUUCCAAAAGAGAAGUAAUUUACUUUAGUCUAGGUUCAAAUGUAAAAAGUUCCACUGCACCAGAAAACUUUUUGGAUACUGUUAAAGUAGCUAUAACAGAACUCCCGUACAAUUUUAUAUGGAAAUGGGAGGAUGAUCAUAUGCCCAAUAAACCGGAUAACGUUUUUUUGAAAAAAUGGCUCCCACAACAGGAUAUAUUAAGACAUCCAAAAAUAAAAGGGUUCAUCACCCAAGGAGGAAUACAGUCAAUGGAAGAAGCUGUAACCAAUGGGGUACCACUGGUAGUUUUUCCCUUUUUUGGAGAUCAGCCGUAUAAUGCUAGAAGAAUGGUUUACAUGGGAAUUGGUUCAAAAUUAGACUACACAUCUUUUACCAAAGAAGAUUUCAAAAAUGCAGUUAACGAAAUAGUUAAAAAUCCUAUGUACAAACACAAUGUAAAAAAAUAUCAAAGUCUCAUUAAGGACCAGCCCAUGACUGGUUUAGAAAAAGCAGUUUGGUGGAUCGAAUUCACUAUAAGACAUAAGGGAGAUUUUAAUUUAAAAAGUAAUCUUGCUUAUUUGCCAUAUUAUAAAUACUUUAUGUUGGAUAUAAUUUUGUUUGUAUUAAUUUUGGUUGUGAUUUUAUCAGUGGUGAUUGCAAAACUUUUUAAAUUAUUUUUUUAUAAUUAUAAAAGUAAGAAAGAAAAAUCCAGUUAAAAUCUGAUAUAUGAUUUAAACUACGU